GGUCGUUGUCUCUCCUGCAUAUCACCCUUUUCAUCAUCCGUUGAAGGUAUUUUGUUUCCCGUUCCACCUGAAUUAGGUACCUCUUCCCCGUCAGCAUGUGUUUUGGAUCCGGUUCCGACCCAGAUGCACAAGCCCCUAGACGACCUCGUCAACAACAGAGACGGGGUGGCGGCCCACCAACCAUCCCCUUACAAAACAUAAGAAUCAGCGGCCCCGUGACACCACCGGGCCAGGUUCCAGCGCCACAGCGAGACGAGAGAGGCCUUUGGGUUAAACAUGCUCAGUAUGAGUUAUCCAGGCAAAACAUCAUCAAGGCGCUGGGUUACGCGGCCCAGUACAUCAGCCAGAAAGGCCAAAACGUCACCGUGGUGGCGGUCGGUGGUGCCGUCAACACUGUCCUUCUCCAGACGCGGAACACGACGUACGACGUGGACUUCCUCUGUCCACUUCUGGUUCAGCCAACCCUCGGAAUCGUCCGAGAGACCGGCAAAUACGCCGUCGAACGGAGCUCCGUUCCACUGGCCGCCGACUGGCUGAACAACGCCACCGCCAGAAUGCCGGGAGUGGUGGAGCACGUCGACGCUCUCCAAGAAGAAGCCGUUGCCCAGAACGACGUGCUCUUCUCCCGGCCGGGCUUGACCGUGGUGGCGGCGCCAUGGAACUACGCAUUCAUCAAAAAGUACAUCGCAAAGGCGCACUCCAAUAAGCCAGUGCCACUGGUGAAGAUCCAGCGCUGGGGCGCCAAGUACAAGGCUCUGUGCCCGGUCGAGACCCUCGGGCCGAACAACGAGCUCUAUCGACGGACCUAUGGAGUUGAUGGGAUUUUGUUCCCGGCUUCGGGGGGACCGGGACAGGGCGGCUCAAGCCGUGGUGGCUCCUCGCAGGCACGCGGGUCCGGCGCGAGGGCAAAGCGCGGUCAGGCUGUUCGCCGUGGCCGUGCAGCAGCGCGACGCUAA